CGGAGUCAGUUGCUGUCGGACGUUCACGGUGGAACGUUCUCGCGUUCGUCCGCUCUCCGAUUAUCCGACUUCGUUUCAAACGUUUCACCGUACGCGCACGUAGUUUCUCGCACGAGGUUCGAGAUCUUUUGCCCCGAACGCAAUUACCAAUAACUGUGGUGAAUAACGCUUUUCAUUACUUCCUUUUUUUUUUCGUUUUCUUGCAAAGCGUAACACGGUGGUAAAGCAAAGUGACGGUGGAGUAAUCUCGGAGUUGGUGUCAGUCAGUGGUUAUGAUCGAUCGGUGUUUGUUCUAUUUGUACAAGCACGUCGGGCAACGUCGUCGCUGGAGAUUGAUCAUUCUCUUGCUUCGUGGUGUGCUUCCCCUCGUCGAGCAGUGAAAUUCGCUUGGUGCGCGGAGGAUAUCUCGUCACUUUCUUUCUCUCUCUCCCCGGAAGAUACGAGUAUCGAAAGUUUUCGUCUUGUUCGGGCAAGAAAGGCGGGUAACAGCGGAUCUUGGGAUCGGCUCGGGCCGACAGAGAGAGAGAGCGGUAUACUGCGGGAGCAAGUGACUAUGAGUGCGUGACGACGACCAGAGUCGGCAACGAGUUACGACGACUGACUCACGCGAAUCACGCGACGGAGACGGAGACGGAGACGGAGACGGAGUCGGAGUCAGUUUGGAGCGAGUGUGUUGCGGCGAGCAACAACGACGACGCAGCAACGCGUGCGACAAUUGCUCGGUAAUGGAGUGGAGACGGGACCAGCGUCGGCUGGCGACGAUCGUCUGGUGCCUGACGUGGUUUUUCAACGUUGGCACGACAGACGGCCGCAGCAUCACCAGUCUCGAGGCACCGACCGGCUGCGAGUGGAAAAAGGACGGAGAGGACGGUGAAAAAGCACUGGCCUGCAGGGUUAGGACUAUCGCCAACGUGCCCAGCCUAAUUGGCAAUCUCUCGGCCAUUCAAGUGGACUCGAUCAGCUCUUUGGCCUUGGAAUGCAGCGACGUGCUGUUCUUCGAGAGCCAGAUCGACGGUCCGCACGGUUUCUUCUCACCUCUGCCUCGUUUGGAAAAGCUUCGCGUGGAUUACUGCAAGAUCCGAUACCUGCCCGGCGGUGUUUUCGCGUCCGCGCACAAUUUACGCACUCUGUCCGUGAGAACGCACAACGGCGACUGGUCGGCGAUGACACUCGAGCUUCACCGGGACUCUCUCCGCGGUCUCACCUAUCUGCAGCAUUUGGACCUGGCCGACAACAAUCUGUGGACGCUGCCGGCCGAGUUGCUCUGCCCGGUGCAGAGCCUGGCCACGCUGAACCUCACGCGCAACAAGUUACAGGACAUCGUUUCUCUGGGCUUCUCCGACUUGGCCGAGUCGUGCACGCCGAGCCUCGAGGUGCUCGAUCUCAGCAACAACGACCUCAACACCCUGCACGAUCGAGCGCUGAGCAAUCUGCGAACCCUAACGGUGUUGAAGCUGCAGGAGAACGUGAUCACCGCGGUGGGCGAUCACGCUCUCGCCGGGCUGGCCGCGCUACACUCGCUCAACAUGUCCAGCAACCGGCUGGUCGCGUUGCCGCCCGAGUUGUUCUCGCGAACGAAGGAACUUAGGGAGCUGAUACUGAGCAACAACUCGCUGGCGGUGUUGGCGCCCGGUUUGUUGGACAGUCUGAUCGAGUUGCAGAUACUGGAUUUGAGCAGCAACGAACUGACGAACCGCUGGGUCAACAGGGACACGUUCUCCAGGCUCGUACGCCUCGUCAUUCUCGACUUGUCUUUCAACGCGCUCACGAGGAUCGACGCCCACGUGUUCAAGGGACUGUACAGCCUUCAGAUACUGAAGCUCGAGCACAACGAGAUCGAGACGCUGGUCGACGGGUGUUUCGGCUCGCUGACCAAUCUGCACUCGUUGACGCUGUCGCACAAUCGCAUAGCGAGGUUCGACCCGGCGCACACCGUCGGCCUCACCACUCUCAAUCAGCUUUUCCUCGACACGAACAAACUGCGGACGCUUCAUCGCCACGUGUUCGACAAUCUGACCGGGCUGCAGGACCUCUCGCUCCGCGGCAACUACCUGACGGAGAUCCCGCACGCGGUUCGCGUGCUUCGUUCGCUGAAAACGCUCGACCUUGGGAAGAACCACGUGUCGAGGAUCGACAACGACUCGUUCGACGGGCUGAGCGAGCUGUACGGGCUGCGGCUGGUAGACAACAAGCUGGAGAACGUGUCGCGCGAGGCAUUCGCCGCGUUGCCCGCGCUUCAGGUGUUGAACCUGGCGAACAAUUACAUCCGUCACGUGGAGCAGAGCGCGUUCUCGGGCAACCCGGUGUUGCGCGCCAUUCGGCUGGACGGGAAUCAGCUAACGGAGAUACGCGGCGCGUUCACCAGCCUGACGACCCUCGUCUGGCUGAACGUGUCGGACAAUAAGCUGCUGUGGUUCGACUACAGUCAUCUGCCGAGCAGCAUAGAAUGGCUGGACGUACACGCGAAUCAGAUAAGCGAGCUCGGGAAUUAUUACACGGUGAAGAACACGCUGCGUAUAAAGAUGCUGGACGCGAGCUACAACCAAAUCGUCGAGAUCGCCGAUGCGAACGUGCCCGACAGCGUGGAGACGUUGUUCCUCAACAACAACAGGAUACGGGCGAUCGCGCCGGGUACGUUCCUGCAGAAGAGGAGCCUGCAGAAGGUCAUGCUGUACGAGAACGAGAUACGAAGUUUGGACGUUGCGGCGAUCGCGUUGCAGACGGUGCCGGAUGACGAGGAACUGCCGCAGUUCUACAUCGGGAACAAUCCCCUCCUGUGCAACUGCACCAUGGAAUGGUUGCCGAGGAUCAACGAGAUGGCACGUCUACGGCAGCAUCCUCGCGUGAUGGAUCUCGAUUCGGUCACGUGCGAGAUGGUGCACGCGCGCGCCACACCGCGAAGACCGCUGCUGUCGCUGAAACCGAAAGACUUCCUCUGUCAGUACAGGGCGCAUUGUUUCGCCCUGUGCCAUUGUUGCGACUUCGACGCGUGCGACUGCGAGAUGACCUGCCCGGACAAUUGCUCGUGCUAUCACGACCACAGCUGGUCGAGCAACGUGGUGGACUGUUCGAACGCCGGCUACAAACACGUACCCGAGAGGAUUCCCAUGGACGCGACCGAGAUCUAUCUGGAUGGGAACGAGCUCGGCGAUCUCGGCAGCCACGUGUUCAUCGGGAAACGAAGGCUGGAGGUGCUGUUCCUCAACAACAGCGGCAUAUCCGCCAUUCACAAUUUCACGUUCAACGGUGUCGGCGCGUUGCGCGUCCUUCACCUCGAGGACAAUGCACUGCGCGAGCUACGCGGCUUCGAGUUCGAUCAGCUGGAACGGAUGUCCGAGCUCUAUCUGGAUCACAACGCGAUCGCGACCGUCGGCAACACGACCUUCAAGAAGAUGAAGAACCUCGAGGUGCUGAGGCUGGACAGCAAUCGGAUCGUGAACUUCAGGCCGUGGGAAGCGUUGCCCAGCGUGGGUGAUAGCACGCGAGUGGUCGCGCUGGAGGGUAACGCCUGGAGCUGCGAGUGCGGCAACGCCGCGAAAUUGCGCGGCUGGUUGGCCGAGCAUCGCGGCGACCCGGAGAAGAUGUACUGCCGCGACGGCGUCGAGACACUGGCGCAGGCUAUGAAGCGUUGCGGCGAUCCGUCCACGGAGGCUGUCAGCCGUGGCAUUCAAGAGAUACCGCUGCUAGGUGGCAACUUCGUGCCGCUUUUAGCCGGCGCGUUGGUCGCCGUGAUCGCUAUUUGCCUGUUCGUCGCGCUCGCGUUCGCGUUCCGACAGGACGUGCGUCUAUGGGCGCACGCACGUUACGGCCUCCGCCUCGGGAAAAUGACGACGCCGCCGGACGAGGAGAGGGACCGUCUCUACGACGGCUACAUAGUCUACAGCGAGAGGGACGAGGACUUUGUCUCGAGAUUUUUGGCCGCCGAGCUGGAACAGUCCGGCCUGGCGCUUUGUCUUCACUGGCGAGACUUGCCACCGGCCAGGCCGCAGGAGGCGGUGCCACCGGCAGCAGCCGCUGCCCGCCGCAUCGUCAUCAUCUUCUCGCCGGUGUUCCUGGCCAACGAGUGGCAGCACGCGGAGUUCCGCGCUGCUUUGAGGACCGCGCUCGAGAACAUCAGACCCGGCUCGAGGAAACGACGCGUGGUCGUUCUUCUGGCCACCGAGGCUCCUGCCCGCGACCCCGAGCUCCAGCUGUUGCUGCAGACCUGCACGGUGGUGAUGUGGGGCGAGAAGAGGUUCUGGGAGAAAUUACGGUUCGCGAUGCCGGACUCCGUGGGCAAGAGGCGCGACAGCAAGAAGGUGAACGACCGAAAUCGCAAACCGGCGCGUUACACCGCCGCGCCGUCCGCCGGCGACGUGUGGACCAAGCCCAAUGGUGUUUUGGUCGCGCCGGUGCACGCACCCACGCCCACGCCCACGCAGUCCACCUAUGUCAGCUCGGCGUCCAGCAGGACCGAGGACGAGGACAGCGGCGCGGAACAUCAGCACCAGCAUCAGCAUCAGCAUCAGCACCAACAUCAACAUCAACAUCAGCACGCCGGUUACAGCGCGUUGCACGCCGGAAACGGACGGCCGGCCAGCCUCUCCUCCAGGGGCAGCCACCUUUACAGCACGAUACCGGAACCACCGGUGCCCACCGCACCUCCUGGUGAGGUCUUGACGCAUCCAGCCAAUCCUCGUACUUACUUCGUCUAGUACAGACAGUCGUCGUCGUCUCUCGCGCGACGAUCCGCUAUGAACCGUGUCAGAGGCUGGACUCUGAUGGAGCCUGCGAUUGUAAAAAACUCGCUCUAAGAAUAUAUGGGAAUGAGAGAGAGAGAGAGAGAGAGAGAGAGAGAAUAUAAAUUAGGAAAUGAAAGAAAACGAAGCGAGAGAAUGAGCGUGUAGAGUAUUUGUACAGUUUCGUUCGUUGCUCGCGAUUGACCGACGCGAUGGCGUUACGCGCGCGACGAUUCGCCCGGCGUCGCUCUGUUUGCUCUUCCACUAGAAUCGGUCGACUAGAGAGAUCUUCCUCGGUGUUUCCGCGCGCGUUACGAAACGGAACGAAGCAGGGGAGGAUCGUUUAUGCAGGGGUUUCGGGUCGGGGUCGGACAAUCGGUAUCGAGAGUAUCGCCUCGCGAGAAAGUGCUUUCCAGAGGACGCGAGGCACCCUCGAAUCCUUUCCGUUCUACCUCGGCGAGUACGAGUACCGGCGACAGAAUCUUCGAGAGCCAGGUUUAUUUAAUAAAGCGUUCUCCUUUGUACACGGGGAACACGCACGUGAUCGAGUCAUUAUUUUUUAACUUGCUAGAGAGAAGACAUUUAAAAGGCAGAGUUUUCCUCUUUACGACGAUACAUUUUUCGGAUA